UCAAAAGAACCAUUCAUUCACAAAGCGGGCAUUGCUACCCACUGCCUUUCGUGGCGGGACUUAUAUUAUUUAAAGAAACAGGAAAUCCCCUGUAGGGACAAUACAUACUAAGCUGAUCAGUAGUUAGGACGCGUUCGGUACUCUGUUUAAGUUGGAAAGCAGUGCAGGUAUGAAAAGGUCCAGAUAUGAAGACGACUCUGGAACAUUACACAUGGUUCAAGACAGUGGGCAGAAGGCGAACAAGCUCCCUCGAUCUGAGGUUGUAAAGAUUAUUUCAGAUAAGGUUGUGACUGCAGUCGAGCAGUCUGACUACAAGAUGAAGAAUCUGAUGGAGAGAAUCGGUGAGGUGAAUGGUGAACCCAGAUACGAUGCCAGAAUCAAGAAACUGGAAGCUCAUGUAAGGAAGAUAAAACGAAGGGGAGAUGCCAUAUUUGCAUAUAUCAGAAAGUUCAGAUCCUUAGGGAUUUCUCAGUCUCCUCCUCCUUUAAGUCCUCCUCCUGUGCAGCCACAGCGAUGCAUCUCUCCAGCUGAACUAAUAAACAAUAUAUCCAGAAAUUCAGUCAAUGGAGGGUGUUUCAGUAACAACGCUUCAGUAUCCUCCGCAGACAAUGAUUGUGAGAUGACCACAUUGAGAAGACCAAAAAAAGGGUUCUGGCAGAGUUUGCAGUCUAAGAAUCAGGUUGUUGACCUUACAGAAGAAGACAGAGCAGCCAGACUGAAUGAAGAGGGCCUGGUUACCCAACCAUCGGAUCAGAAAUUGGAACUUUCGAAACCAGAACAAUUAAAACCCUCAAGCACACCACCUAUAGCCAUUAAAGAAAAAAAUCAAAGUGUUAUGGAGGAGGACAGUGUCAGUUCUUCAGUACAGUUGGAAGAGGUGGACUGGCACUCCAAACUCCAUCCAUUCCCAGACACUCCAUUUCCCAAAGAGCUUCCAGUUAUUGCUGCCUCUUAUAACUUGCCCCAGAAGCCAAUGGUGAAACUAGCUCGGAUUGGAAGCGCACAAGAAUUAGGCAUCGCGUGGAACGUUGAUCGGAAAGAUCCACAUGUAGCAGAGAUGGAAUGCUACUACAUUUACGUUUCCCAUGAACACAAAAACGGCACUUUUUCAGGAUGGAAAUGCCUUGGAGAGAUCAAAGCCAUGCCUCUUCCUAUGGCCUGCAAGGUGUCGGACUGCAAAGGAGAUAAACGACUGUGCUUUAUCGUUGUGGGGAAGGAUAUAUUUGGCCGUUAUGGGCCGUACAGUGACAUACGCUCUGUUGCACCAGGACAAAUGUGAUUCUGGCAACAUUUCUCCAGUGUGUAGAAACUUUUGUUCAUAUAAGGUUUGAAGGGGUAUGAAUGUUACUCUUUAUACUGCAAUUUGGAGUAUUUAAUUUAAGAUUUCAAUUUCUUAAAACAUGUUGAGUUGGGUACAAAUAAAGUUAAAGCUGCUGUUUUUCCUGUUUGUUUUUUUUUUCCCUCUGACGAAAAUAUGAUUUUAUUUUUUUUUUAAGUAUCAGAGAGCCCUGAAAGUCAUUCUUCUUAUAUGAAUCUCACUAACACAAUAGUAUUAAGAAAGAAGCUGCUGUAUUGUAUUGUUUUUAUUAGUUAUCAAGUUACAAACCGAUUUCAUUUGCCUCUGGUCUUCAUAAUAUGAGUUUUUCGGUGGUAUGAUUCAACAAAGCAAUCACUAGCCAUAAUAGACGGCAGUGAAAUCUGAAUGUUAACGUCUAAUGUAAGUGGCAGUAAACCAUUUCUGAGACAGCAUUUGUUUCCUGUAAUGACUACAUUUGAGGAUCCUACUUCAUGCUGCUGCCGAAAUUAAUAUAACACUAUACCAGUCGUUCUCAAAAAUGCUGACUUCUGACUUACAAAUGUUAAAGUUAUGAAUUCUGUUUAGUUCCAUUUUCUGCCAUAAAUAGGCUGAUCAGAUUUCUCAAGGUUCAAUACGGGACGGGACGGGGGGGGAGUUUGGUGCGGGGGACAUAUGAGCACGAUAUGAGAAAUUUUAUUCUAAAUUACAUAUAUAUAUAUAUAUAUAUAUAAGAAGUCAAACAAUUGCUUUUAUGACAUAAAAUGUUAUGUACAUAUUAUGCAAUAAUAGUUUGGCUAUAGUAUUUUGCUUUUUUUUUUUUUUGCUUUUUCAUGACUGAAAUGUCUUGGGUCAUAUUUGCUGCCAUUUCUUGAGACCUAGCAUAUACAUCACAACAGAAAGAGUCUCCAUCUGUUUGUUAAUGUAAAAUACAUUUAUUUGAUAAAAAAAAGAACAAUAUUGAGCCCUUGGUGGGGAUCAGUCUCCAGAAACAGACCUGACCUGAACAACUCGUCAGACAUGUAAAAACAAAGCUGCCAUUGUGGUUUCAUUCCAAUUACAAAAGCCUUCACUAAUAUUCAUUAAAACCUUCUGAAAAUUAAGCAUUAAACAAACAUGUUCAGGCCUGUUGAUAAAAUACUUCAUUACAAAAUAUAUUAACAGCAACAAUGCAGUUAGUCUUAAUAAAUACAGCUUAACUUCACAUUCGCCUAAAUAAUAUUAGCUAAUUGCUUUUUUUAUUCCAUAGCAGAUUUGAGGACGAAAUGAUUACAUGUUAGACAUGAAAACUGAAACCAUUGGUGUGCUUCACCAACACCACCAUCUUAAAGUCAUUCGCAUGAAUAUAAAAUAAAUCCCAAGUGCCCUAAUCAAACACAAUGCCUAAAGAACUACAGACCUGUACUUAUGUUAAUAGUGAUUUCAAAUUAAAUGCUGCAAACAAAUAAAAAAAAACACGCAAUGUAAUUAGUCAACACUAAAAGACUAGUUUACAAAAAAAAAAAAACUAUACACGAGAA